AUGAAGGAAGUUCUUCGUACUUUUGUGACAGUUAGACAAUUAUCGCAACAAGAAUGCCUUGCUGAGUUACUAUCUGUUUUCGGCAACGAAGCGCCACAUCAGUCGACAAUUUCCCGUUGGUAUGAAGAAUUCAAACGUGGGCGGGUGAGUCUUAGCGACGAUCACAGGGUGGGUGCACCAAAAACGGCAGUCACCCAGGAAAACGUCGAUGCUGUGCGCAAACUCAUAAUUGAAGAUAGACAUGUGACAUAUUGCGAGAUUGAGGCGUCCUUGAAGAUCUCAAAGACCUCAAUUCAAAAAAUUUUAUAUGAAGAAUUAGGAGUCAGAAAAUUACAGAAACCAGCCAGGGUUAAUUGGUGUCAAAAAACGCUUGACCGUUUGAAUUCCGGAAACUCAAAAAAUGUGUACAGCAUUGUUAGUGGUGAUGAAUCGUGGAUUUACUGUUAUGAACCAGAAAAUAAACGACAGUCGGGUGUUUGGGUGUUAAAAGGUGAAGAAAAGCCAACAAAAAUGGUCGCGACAUUUGUGUCCAAAGCGGGUCAUAUUGCAACAAUUCCCCUUAAUGAGCAGAGAACUGUUACUGCGGAAUGGUGUACCACCAUUUGUUUGCCAAAAGUCAUCACCGAGCUUCGAAAAAUCAACCCCGAAGGAAGAAUCAUCCUCCACCAAGACAAUGCAAGCUCGCACACAGCCCAAAAAACAAGGCAGUAUUUAACGGAAGAAAACGUGGAAUUAUUGAACCAUCCUCCAUAUAGUCCCGAUCCAAGUCCUAACGAUUUCUUCACUUUCACGAAAAUUAAAAACAGACUGUGUGGUCAAAGGUUCCUGUCACCAGAAGAAGCAGUUGACGCGUUCAAAAAUGUCGUUUUGGAUCUGGCAGAAAACGAGUGGAAUAAACAAUACGAAAAUAAUGAAUGA